GCCAGUGCUUAUGUGAAGGGGUCCUGUGGGGCAGUCCAGUUGACUUUCAGCAGCUGACGGAGAGCGACGCAGUUAUUGAUUGAUUGAUCGAUCGAUUGAUUGGUUGAUAGGUAGCACCGUAUUUAUUUGAACAGUAAACAAACAUGAAUUUCGUCAGAUCUCGUCUUUUUGCUGGAAACUUUAUCGGUCAGAGGUGCAGACAGGUCACUGAAACAUGGAGCCACAGAGGGAUGUGCGGUAAACCACAGGUCAAAGCAGAGCCUUCUCCACCUGCAGCUCCAGCACAAGCAACUCGCGCUGGUUUCAGAGUCCCAGGCUACCGACCCUCAGAGAUGGACAAGAAGAUUCUGGUGUGGUCGGGACGCUUUAAGACAUCGGACCAGAUACCAGAGCUUGUGACGUUUGAGAUGAUUGAUGCUGCCAGAAACAAAAUCAGGGUGAAAGCCUGCUACGUGAUGAUAGGCAUCACAAUAGGGUCCUGUCUGUUCAUGAUCUUAAUGGGCAAGCGGGCUGCACGCAGGCACGAGUCCCUGACAGGUCAAAACAUGGAGAAGAAAGCUAGAUGGAGGGAAGAAGUAAUUAAAGAGAGGGAUGCUGCUCUUACCCUGUCUGAGAAGGCUCAGUGAUGAAGGACAACUAGUACCUACCCAACCGUGCCGUUUUCCCCCAAAUGUUGGGCCAAUAAUGUCCCAAUAAUGCUAUAUGUAUAACAACAACAACUCCAGAGCUCUCCCUUUCCAUCCUACAGACUGAUCAGAAGAUAUUAGAGUAGUUCAUACUUAGAAGCACUUUUGAAACCUGGAGAUUGACUUCAAUGAUUACAACAACAACUAUUGAUUAUUUAACCAUCCGAAACCCAAUGUAACGUUUUAUCUUUUCAGGGAAUGUAUUGAGGUUAUAAACUGGCACCUUUUUCAGUCGGUAGCAUUUGGUCACCAGAGGAGAGCGGAAACCUGAUUAUGAUGUAAUAGAGGUUUUGGGUUUUUUAUAACAUUCUUUGCAUUUACUACACAGCCAAAUAAUAUAAUGAUUUUCAGAUAAAAAAAAUCUGAACCGACACAUUGAUUUCCAGCUCUCAAAUGCCUUAGGUAGCCCUCUGUUUUUAAACGUGCCUCUGUGGCAACAAUCUUUUGCGUUUAUCUGCCUUCUGAAGACAGUUCGGCCCUCAAGGGUUUCAAAUGAUCUCCAAUUUUCUUUAAAAGGACAUCACAAAUUGGAUCAGACAUGCUCCAUUUGCACAAUGGUCUGUCCUGAUACUCAUGUAAUUAAGACUGGUUUGUUCAUGACUGAUGUAACUAUGUAUGUUUGUAUAUAGUGAGCACCAAAAAAUAUAAGUUCAAUAAAAGUUCAAGUUAAAGCUU